CAGCACUAAUAACGUUUGACUGUGAAUGACUAGCUAUCAAGAAUUGCGCCAUUUAUCAAUAACAAAUUAAAUUCAUGUUGUGAAAUGUCGGCCUGCAGUGCUACGGAAAUAGCUGAAAAGAGGCGCAUUGCCUUAGCCAAACUGCAAGCCAAGAAGACCCAAUUGUCCACAUCUCCGAAAAUUCCAUCUGCCGCUUCAACAGGUUCGGCUCAGCUGACCGCCAAACCAACAACAAAUUUCUAUAGAUCUCCACCAGCACCACCGGCAGAGAAGAGCAAGCAAAACCCAGCAGUUAGUUUAGGCAACAAUAACCAGGGCUCCUCCUUUCUCAAUGCUCUCAAAGCUAUUAAACAAACAUCCUCAAGGGAAUUGAGUAGAGCAUCAGCACAUCCUUACCAGCGUCCCAAUGGAAGCUCCAAGCCCACAUUAAGACUGAGUCCGGAAAAAGAGAAGCCCGCUGGAUUAGCUCCCGUCUUUGUAAAUGCCAUUAAUUGCCGUGUCUACCUCCUUAGUCCACAACGUUUCGCUGUCCAUACCUCCGGCUACAAUGAGCAACUUAUUGCCGUUUUUAAGAAUAUGCCCAGCAAAUCGUAUGAUACCACCACAAGAAUCUGGGAUUUCGCUCUAACUGACUAUCAGCUCUUGCAAAAGCAUGUCAGUGACUUGAAACCUCAUGUGAUCAUUGGUACCAUACCCAAAAAGUUGUUGGAUUUGUGUCAGCAACCACCUGUAGAUCCAGAAUGGAGUGUCUUGGCCUCAUUAGAACCCAGUCUGAAUGAGAAAUUGAUGCCAUUUCAAAGGGAAGGCGUUUGUUUUGGCAUUGCCCAAAAAGGUCGCCUCAUGAUUUGUGAUGAGAUGGGUUUAGGUAAAACCUAUCAGGCAUUAGCCAUAGCCGAUUACUUCAAAGAUGACUGGCCUUUGCUUAUUUGCACAACAGCAUCCACUCGCGAUGCUUGGGCCCGCUACAUUGGGGAACUGCUACCUUCCGUUGCCCUGCAUUACGUUCAAGUCCUCAACAAUAAUCAGCAAUAUGUGGGCGAAGCUAAGGUUUUGAUAACCAGCUACAACAUGAUGGAGCGACAUGCGGAUAAGUUGAUGCAACGUAAAUUUGGUGUCCUAAUAUUUGAUGAAUCGCACACGCUAAAAAGUGGCAAAGCCAAAUGCACCACAGUGGCCAAAAGGUUGGCAGAUCAAGCAAAGCGCGUGGUGCUAUUAUCAGGAACACCAGCUCUGUCACGUCCUUUGGAAUUGUUCACCCAACUACAGAUGAUUGAUGGCAAAUUUAUGAGUUUUAUGGAAUUUACUACUCGUUACUGUGAUGGCAAACAAACGCAUUUCGGAUGGGAUGCUCAGGGACAAUCGAAUUUAGAUGAAUUAAAAGUGUUAUUAAAACUAAAGUACAUGGUGAGACGCACCAAGUCCGAGGUUUUGCCAGAGUUGGCUGAGAAAAAUCGUGAAACUGUUAUCCUGGAUCCUGCACUUGUGUGGACCAACGAUGAAACUAAAACCAGUUUAUCUGAUUUCACGAAACAACUCCAAACGAGUAAAGGCAAAUCCAUGGAAGAGAUUUUAUUACGUUUCUAUGCUCGCACUGCCGAAGUGAAAACCCGUGCUGUUUGCGCAUAUUUGAAAACAUUAAUCAAAGAGAAAAUCAAGUUUAUUAUAUUUGCCCAUCAUCGAAUAAUGCUAGAUGCAAUCUGCGAUUGUUUAAGUACUCUAAAGGUUCACUAUAUACGGAUUGAUGGUUCAACACGGAGCGACCUUAGAGCUGAUUUUGUUGAAACAUUCCAAAAGAAGAGUAGCUGCCAAGUUGCAGUUCUAUCGUUAAAGGCGUGCAAUUCCGGUAUUACCCUGACGGCAGCUGAAAUGAUUAUAUUUGCCGAACUGGACUGGAAUCCAAGUACCCUGGCCCAAGCGGAGAGUCGUGCCCAUCGUAUUGGGCAGACAAAACCAGUGAUAUGUCGAUAUUUGAUGGCUCAUCAAACUGCCGAUGAUACAAUUUGGAAUAUGCUAAAGGCCAAACAAGAUGUCUUAAGUAAAGUGGGCAUAUUUGCUGAAAAUCUUCAAAAGGCCACACACACAUCGGCGCCUACAAUGUCAAAAAAAAUGGACGAGUACUUUUCCCCAGCUAAGUCUACAUCUAAUGCUGGCACCAUUAAAAAAUAUCUAUCGCCAGCUCCCAGUGAGGCGAAUAACAAUAAUAAUAAGAGCUCCAAGAUGGAGGAUGAUAUCGCUGCCUUUUUCAACGACGAUGAGGAUGACGAAGCUUUUAUGGACUUGGUUAUUUAAUUAGUUGACUUCUUUGUUUUUUUUUGUCGUUUAAGUUGAUUAUUGUUCAGUGAAUUAAAUAAGUUUGUGUUAGGCAUGCGUAUCAGAUUGUAA